AUGGCGGACCAGUACAAGCCCACUGAGCACGGCGGUCUGAAGCAAGAUGGGACGCCUGACAAACGUGUGGGCACUGGCGAGUUUGCCCAAGGCAAGGUCGACCCCCAUGAGGCCGGAAAGCAGGGUGGACACACCUCUGGCUCCGGAUCUGCCUCUGAUGAUUCGUCCAGCGGCAACUCUGGCGGUAGCGCCAAGGGUCAAUUCGCUCACGGCAAGGUUGAUCCCGUCGAGGCUGGCAAGAAGGGAGGAAACUCGUAG